CUAAAUUUCCCUCAAAGCAUGAAUCUUUGAGCAUGUCAGUGGCGGAAAAUGGAAGCAAAGAGAAGCAUAUCGUCUUCCUCAAUCUCCAUCUUCAAUCGCAUCAGGUCCAGAAGAAGAUUUAUCACUCCGAGAAUGAAAUCUGCAACGGUUCAGAAACUGUUUCAAUGAAGUAAAUGAUGCGGAUCAGGCCGUGGAAUUGUUCCACCAAAUGGUUAGCGCCCGGCCAUUGCCCUCCACGUUUCAUUUCAAUAGACUGUUAAAUAAAGUUUCAAAAAUGAAGCGUUAUUCUGUAGUUCUUUACCUCUGUCAAGAAAUGCGCCGUAGGGGUAUACCCGUAAACGAUUGUACCACCAACAUUCUGAUGGGUGCAUACUGCAGCUCAAACCCAUCGGACGGCGGGUUUUGUGUUCUUGGUAUGAUUUUUAAGUGUGGAAUGGAGUUCGAUGUGAUCACGUUCAACAUUCUGAUCAAGGGUCUCUGCAAAAAUAACAAGGUUGUAGAGGCUGUAGAGCUAUUCAAGAAGUUGGUUAGGGAGGAAAUUUGCCGAGUUGAUAAUUUCACUUAUAAUAUUCUCAUGAAUGGGCUUUGCAAGGCAGGUAAUACUCAAACUGCUCUUGAUUUACUCAAGCUAAUGCAAAAGGAGGGGCCUCAGCCUGAUAAGAUAGCAUAUACCACUGUGAUUGAUUCUCUGUGCAAAGAUGGGAUGGUGGAUCCGGCUCUUGACGUUCUCUCUGAGAUGACAAAAAGAGGGGUUUUCCCGGAUGUCGUCACGUAUAGUUCAUUGAUUCAAGGCCUUUGCAAUUCUUGCCGAUGGGAAGACGUUAAAAAGUUGAUAAAUGAGAUGGUGCGUCAUAAUGUGUAUCCAGAUGUUUUUUGCUUCAAUGUAAUGGCGUAUGCAUUUUGCAAGGAGGGGAGGCUGAGAGAAGCAGAAUGUGUUAUUGAACUCAUGAUUCAAAGAAACGUUUAUCCUGAUGCGAUCACAUACAGCACUUUGAUUGAAGGGUAUUGUUUGCAAGGGCAGAUGGACGACGCUGAGAGAGUUCUUGGUCAGAUGGCAGACAAAGGCCCUCAACCCAGUCUUGUGCACUAUAACACAUUAAUCAAUGGGUAUUGCAGAAUAAAAGCAAUGGACGAGGCAAUGCGUCUUUUUCAUGAAAUGCCUCAGAAAGGGCUUUAUCCUGAUGCUGUCUCUUACACCAUGAUGUUGCAAGGGCUGUUUCUGGUGCGCAGAUGUGCCGAUGCUUUAAAUCUUUUUCAUGGUAUGCAAUGUUCUGCACAUAAACCAGACUUUCACACACAUUGUGUCUUACUGAGUGGCUUGUGUGGUACCUUACGCAUUGAAGAGGCAAUGUUAGUUUAUAGUCAGUUAGAUAGUGACGAGAAUGGUUCUCAUGUUUUCGGUAGCAUCAUGAUAGAUGGGUUGUGCAAGACGGGGCUAGUCAAUAUUGCACGUGGCGUGUUCAGUAAACUCAUCUCUAAAGGUCAACACGUAAACGCAUACACAUACAAUGCAAUGAUAAAUGGGCUGUGUCGAGAGGGGAAAACUGAUGCAGCCCUAGACUUGUUAAGGAGAAUGGGUGAGACAGACUGCUUACCGGGUACUGUCACUUAUACUAUUAUCUUGCAAGAAUUUGUGAGGGACAAUAAAUUGGAAGAGGCGAAUUCGCUAUUGGAUGAAAUGGCUGAUAAGGGCGUGUCUCCUGAUGGCCGUACAUUGUCCGUGAUGAAUGACUUGCUUGCCCUCCAAACUGGAGACCCUACGGUAACAAAGGCGAUGCAGAAGAUUGCAACAAAUGUUUUGUUCUAAACUGUGACUGGUUCUGUAAGUUGUUUCUUAGCAGAUAUUCCUGUUUUGCCCUCAAGUCUCAAGUGAGAUGUUUGAUGCUUUCUUCUGUUAAAGUUGUCAGGGAUCGAACUCAGAUCUAUUUUUACCAACUGCACAACGCUCACCGCCUGCAACACCCGAAUUGAACUUGGGUGCAUGUUGAAACUACAAUUAUUGCUUCUUUCAGGCCCAAUGACAAGAAGAUUUAAGGAGUGGGACUCUGGGAGUGGGCCUCUCAUUAGUUUGUGAUUUUUAUGAAUGAUUUUUUUUUUUUGAGAACUAUGAAUGAUUUAUUUGUAAGUCUAGUAUUACUCAAAUAAAAUAGUAAAUAAAUAAAUGUUAAAUGA